GAUAUUACCAGCCUUAACAAAGAAGGGUGUGCGCUUCCUAGUUGAGAGCAGAUGGUUGCUGUGAAUCAGACUCGAACAAGGUGAAGUCUUCGUUGCCCUCUUCCCUGCUGAGGGCCUGCCGGAGGAGUGUGGAUGGUGGCUGUGAAUACUCAGUUGCCAAAUCUAAGCGGAGCCUAUUGCUUGUGGCGCCCUUCUGCGUAGAAGUAAAACUUACAUUGGAGAUCACUUCUAAAAGGAGGCCUGUGAAUUCUUGGGAAGACGUCUGCAAAGCAGAAAGCUUCAGGACACAGAAAUCACUUCCCCCGAAACUUCCUCCCGGGAUGUUUUUCUCCUAAAAAGGAGAACUCUUGGAGUACGUGGCAGCAAACCCAUGGAUGCCUCAACUCUGAAAGUUUUCUUCUGGGAGAGUGUUGUUUAGCUUCUCUACUGUGUGCAGUUGAACAAUACAGCUUUCUGCAGCGUUAGAUGGCUUUCCUUUCACUUCUGGUUAUGAACGUGUAGCCACGAGAAGGCAUUUUUCCUGCUAUAAGGACCACGUAAUAUUACGGGGCUGACUGGUUUCUUCAGGACUGACGAAAUAGUUCAAGAAAUACAGGAACCUUCUCAGACUACAGUCGGGUCGGCUAAAGAGACAGUCGAGCCAUCGGCGGGACCUCUUCCCUCUCACCAGAGUGCAACAUAGACUGCCAGACCCACUGUCUCAUAGACUGCAGACAGGGACAUUACUACACAGCCGGCAACUGCUUGGAAUGUCCAACUGGCUUUUAUUGCCCAGGGGGUCAAGCAGCUCCAAGGAAAUGCCCGGUGGGAACGGCCAAUGAGCGUACCGCUCAAGCAGACAUCACAGCCUGUCGGGUUUGUCCCCAUGGCUAUCUCAGCCUAGAGAGUGGAGCUGGGUGCCGUGUGUGUCCAGAUGGCUAUUCAUGUGAUCCACGCAGUGGUAUGCAGCAGAGCUGCAGUCCUGGCCGGUAUUCGCCAGAGGGAGAGUUGGAGUGUCGGGAAUGUCCAGAGGGAUACGUUUGCCCAGACGGACGGAACAAGCAGCAUUGUUCGGCAGGUCAGGAGCCAAAUCCAAGCCGCACUCAUUGUGUAACCUGCGCUCUUGGUUCUUUCUCAACUGAAGGCACUCUGAUAUGCCAGCCCUGCCCACCAGGACACUACUGUCCUCACAUUGGUACUGUCCAGCCUCUGCCUUGCCCACCUGGUUCGUGUACUAGUGCCCUGGGGCAGAGUGAGUGCCGAAGGUGCAGUGGAAGCUCUUGCUGCUCAGGUGUGGUGGGUCCAAUCCAGCAGGAACGUGAUUCCUCUGGGUCACCUGGAGUCCCACAGUGCCAGCACUGCCCUUCAGGUCACUUUUGCGCAGAAGCCCCACCAUGCCCAGCAGGGAGCGUCAAGCCCAGAGAGGGACUUCACACACCCAGCAGCAGCUCAUCGUGCUUGCCAGGAAUUGGAUUGUGUUUGAAGUGCCCUGCUGGGUAUUUCUGCCCUGCCGGAGCAAGUUAUCCAGUCCCAUGCCAGCCAGGUACAUAUAAUCCUCUCCAAGGACAGGAUGAAGCCACUGACUGCAGAGCUUGCCUAGCAGGGAGAGCUUGUACUCAGGCUGGCUUGGCCCAGCCUGACUCCGAAUGCGUACCAGGGUACGUGUGCCCAGUGGGGUCAUCCAGCCCUCAUUCUCCAAGCAAUGCCUGUCCUCCAGGAACAGUUGGCAAUCAGUUCAACCUCUUUGAUAAGUCCCAGUGUGAAAUAUGCCCUGCUGGAUUCGUCUGUGGGAGAGGAACAGGGGGGAGACGGAAGCCUCCUGCUCCAUGCCCAGUUGGUCACUACUGCCCACCAGGUACAAAGCAUCCAAUGCAGCGCAAGUGUGCCCCAGGUACCUGGAGCAAUAGGACAAGCCUGGCCUCCGAAGAGGAGUGUUUGCCAUGUCCUUCAGGCUGGUUUUGCGUAGGAGGAGCUCGUGUGCCUUCUGGGAGGUGUAGCUCAGGGCAUUACUGCCCCCAGGGUACACGGAGAGGCACCCAGUACCCCUGCCCUGCAGGAACAUAUAGUACCAGGCUGGGAAAUGGCAGGGUGGAGGAGUGUACUGCCUGCCCUGCAGGGACUUUUUGCACCAGCGGUACCUCCAAGCCAGUUCUGUGCCCAGUAGGAACCUAUCGUAUGGAACAUGGUGCCAAGUUGGCUGUAGAGUGCAUCCCUUGUCCUGGAGGGUAUUACUGCCCUGAGCUUGGCACUGUUACUCCUCGAGCAUGUGGUGCUGGCAACUUCUCAGGCCGUGGUCAAUCCCUUUGUAGAAACUGUCCAGAGGGUACAUUCUGCAAUGAGACAGGCCUUGCUGAACCCAGGGUGUGUCCCAAAGGGCAUUUUUGCUUGGCUGGAAGUUCCCUGCCUCUCCCAUGUCCUGUGGGAACUUACACAGAUGUAGCCAGAGCAGGUUCCUGCAAGCCCUGCCCAGCAGGCAUGUACUGCAGCAUGGCUGGUCUGACUGAGCCAGAAGGACCUUGCCAGCCAGGGUAUUACUGUGUUCAAGGGUCCAGCAGUUCCUCACCUGUGGGACUUCCAUUUGGAGAUUUUUGCCCACCGGGACAUUAUUGUCCUGCUGGCACGACACAGCCAAAAGAGAUGCCAUGCCCUGCUGGCACCUGGAACGAACAGAGAGGAGCCCGGGAUGCUGCUUGGUGUCUGCCUUGUGCUCCUGGGUUUUUCUGUAAUAUGUCAGGCCAAGAUGCUCCCGUAGGACUUUGUGCACAGGGCUAUUACUGCACAGGAAGGACAAAGACUGCAAAGCCUGAGGAUGGUGUCACCGGAGAUAUCUGUCCUCGAGGACAUUUCUGCCCUCCAGGCUCAGCAGCACCUUCUCCCUGCCCUAGUGGAGAAUACAGUAAUGCAACAGGUCAAGACAAAUGCUUUCCUUGUCCUGCUGGGUUUCACUGUCCAAAAGGGCUGAGACACCGCUGUCCUCCUGGUUUCUAUUGCCCUCAGAAAACUGGAAUCGAUCUUCUUCCUUGUCCACCUGGGACUUACAACCCUUCCCAUGGACUCAGCCAGGCCGAGAGGUGUCAGCAGUGCCCUGCAGGAAUGUUCUGUGGAGGCUGGGGAUUAUCCUCUACAAGUGGCCCCUGCUGGCCAGGAUUCUUCUGCACAGCAGGAGCAAGUGUCCCAAACCCUAAUGGAGCCACAAACACAAGCAUCGGUGGCCCAUGCCCACCUGGACACUUUUGCCCAGCUGGCACAAGUAUGCCACAGCCAUGCCCUGCGGGCACUUACUCAGACAGGCUGAAUGUGUGGCAGGACUCCGGCUGCACUGUGUGCCCGUCCGGCUCUUACUGCAGCUCUGCUGGCCUCACAGCACCCUCAGGACCCUGCUCAGCUGGGUACUACUGUCUGUCUGGAGCUUCCUCACCAUCUCCAGCUGGUGUGUGGGAGAAAGGAGGCCCUUGUCCUGUGAGCCAUUUCUGUCCAGAAGGGACCGGCUUUCCCCUACCCUGCCUUGCAGGGACUUACAACAACCUCACCAGACAAGCUGCAUGCUUCCCUUGUGCUGCAGGCUACUACUGCCCAGAAAAUGUCAGCAGCUACAGUAUGAAUCCUUGCCCAGCUGGCUUCUACUGCCCCAAAGGAACCAAGUUUGCUACUGAAUUUCCCUGUCCUCGGGGCUACUAUAACCCUGAUCCCAUGACACAGAGCUUGGAUAGCUGCUUGCCCUGUCCACCUGGGCACUACUGUGGGAAGGAGAACUUGACAGGUGUGUCAGGCAAAUGUGAUGCAGGCUGGUUCUGUGUCUCAGCUGCUUGGACCUCACAGCCUUUUGAUCUGGAUAACUACACCAAUGCCAAUUGCCUCUGUCCAGCCACUGCCACUGGGGGGAAGUGCCUAGCUGGUUUCUAUUGCCCGAAAGGAAGCCCAGAGCCUCUUCCCUGCCCUCCAGGGUUUUACUGCAGUGCCUCAGGUCUGUCUGUCCCCAGUGGGCAAUGUACUGCUGGGUUUUACUGCAGAGGUGGUGCAGCCCUCCCUCAACCAACCGAUGGUGCAACUGGGAAUAUCUGCCCUGUGGGGACAUACUGCACCGCAGGAUCGGCAGUGCCCAAGCUCUGCCCAGCUGGCACCUUUUCUAGCCUGCCAGGGCGGAGGAUGCUUUCCGAGUGCCAGCCUUGCCCCUCUGGCUUUUUUUGCAAGGCACCUGGUCUCAGUGCCCCCACUGGAGAGUGCUGGGAAGGCUAUUACUGUGACAGCCAGCAAGGCCCAGUCAUUGAUUUUACCCUUUACCCAUGCCCGCAAGGUUUUUACUGCCCACCAGGGACCCGCCAGAGCACUCAGCACCGCUGCCCUGCAGGAACCUUUGGGCCCAGGCAGAAACUGAAAACUAUCAAGGAAUGUCAAAGAUGCCCGCCGGGAAAAUACUGUGAAUUCUCUGGACUUGCUGCCCCAACAGGAGACUGUGCUGAGGGAUUCUGGUGCAAAAGUGGUGCCCAAGUAAGAAACCCCCGAGAUAGAGAAUCAGGACUGCCUUGUCCUCCUGGUCAUUACUGUCCUGCAGGUGCACCACUUCCAUUACAGUGCCCUCCUGGCACUUGGUCUGACAGUGAAGGUGGUAGGAAUUUGCAGGAGUGCCAGCCUUGCCCUGGGGGAUAUUACUGUAACAGCUCUGGACUGAGGGCCCCCUCAGGACGCUGCAGCCCAGGGUAUUACUGCGUCACUAGGGCCCAGACCCCAACACCUACUGAUGGCCUCUCGGGAGCUCCAUGUCCCAUUAGACACUUUUGCCCUCUUGGAUCCAGGAGUCCAGCUCCGUGCCCCGCUGGCUCCUACAUGCCACAGGCCCGUGGAGAGGAGUGCCUUGCUUGCCCAGAGGGUGAAUACUGUGUCCCUGGUGAGAAGCCACAGCCAUGUCCCCAAGGUUUCUACUGCCCCAGAGGAACAGGUUUAGACUGGCAGCCCUGCCCACCAGGUACUUACAGCCCUGAGCAAGGACAGGGAAGCAGAACCAGCUGCAGAGCUUGCGAUGGAGGGAAGUUCUGCCAGUAUCACAACGCAACUGCUGUGACUGGAGAGUGCUGGGAAGGUUACUAUUGUGCUCAAGGAUCUUACAAGCCUAACCCAGAUGCCAUGAUACAAGGCCAAGCUGGUCCCUGUCCUGCGGGCCAUUACUGUCCCCGAGGCACUUCUGUCCCCACACCAUGUCCUGUGGGAACUUUCAGCACAAGGAGCAGGUUGAGCUCAGAGACCCAGUGUUCCCCAUGUCUGCCCGGGCAUUACUGUGAUGCUGCUGGCCUUCCAGCCCCUACAGGACAGUGUGAAGAAGGAUUCUACUGCACACUGGGAUCCAUUCUUCCCCAAAUCCCAGUUGUAGACAAGACUGGAGGCCCCUGUCCCAGAGGGUAUUUCUGUCCCAAGGGCACAGCUGUUCCAGUGGCUUGUCCAGCAGGGUCAUACAACCCUUCACAAAGGCAAGCCAGCUGCCUCCCCUGUGCUAAAGGGUUCUUCUGCCCAGAAAAUUCCUCUUCCUUUUUGGAGAACGAAUGCUCAACUGGCCACUACUGCCCUGCUGGUACUGCUUCUGCAACUCAGUUCCCGUGCCCUAAAGGGACUUACAACCCACAGACUAGAAGCAGCCUGAUGUCUCACUGCACCCCUUGUGACCCAGGGCACUACUGUGCAUUUGCAGGGCAGCCACAUGUUACAGGGCCCUGUUUGGCUGGAUUCUACUGCAGUGGAGGAGUUUCGAGUCCAACACCUACUGAUGGCCUUCUGGGAAACAAAUGCCCUAAGGGAACUUACUGCCCUAUGGGCACUGCCUUUCCUCAGCCAUGUCCUCCUGGUUAUUACAGCAACUCAACUGGGAACACUGGGAUUGAGGGCUGUCUCCCGUGUGAUGCAGGGUAUUUCUGCAAUGGAACUGGACUUUUAUCUCCGUCUGGACUAUGUGAAGCUGGAUUCUACUGUAGUGGAGGCACUGUUUCUUCUAAACCCCCCAGGACAACAGUCAGUGGAGGACCAUGUCCACCUGGACAUUACUGUGUGGUGGGGAGCAGCAGAGCCCAGCCUUGCCCUGCAGGGAGUUAUAGUCCAACUUGGAGUAUGGCACAAUGUUUGGAGUGCCCAGAAGGCUUUUACUGCAAGACUGCUUCCACAAAUUACACGGAUUGCCCUGCAGGACACUACUGCCCCAGGAGAACAGAAUUUGCCACACAGUACCCUUGUCCCCCUGGAACCUACAGUGAAGCUUUAAAUAUCUGGGAUGUCUCCAAGUGCCAGCUGUGUCCUCCUGGAAUGGUCUGUUCCAAGCCAGGCCUAGCGAGACCAGAUGGACUGUGCAUGCCUGGAUGGUUUUGUCCACCUGGAUCCACAUCAAGCAAACCAGUUUUUCCUGGAGGUCACUCUGGUGUGGCAACUGCAGCUUCUGGAUCAGUUGGGCUGUGCCAAGCAGGAACCUUUUGUCCUGCUGGUUCAUUUCUUCCUACUCCCUGCACUCCAGGUUUGUACUGUGCAACUGCAGAGCUGGCAGCUCCAUCAGGUCCCUGUGAGGCUGGCUUCUACUGCACGGGGAGCUCUGUGCUCCCCAAUCCCGUGGAUGGAGCAGUGGGGAACAUUUGUCCUCGAGGUCACUUCUGUCCUGCAGGGAGCUCUUCUCCAUCUUCUUGCCCUCCAGGCUCCUUUUUGGCCCAUCGUGGUGGUCAGUCAGCCCAGGAUUGCCAGGCCUGCUUCCCAGGGUGGUUCUGUUCUCAGCAUGGCCAGAGCUCCCCGGAGGGUUUGUGUAAAGAGGGAUGGUUUUGCCCAGAGGGCUCUGCGUCAGGCCACCAUUCAGACUAUGUGUGUCCUGUUGGUCACUAUUGCCCCACUGGCAGCCCAGAGCCCACACCCUGUCCCGCUGGAAAAUAUCAGGACCAGGCUGGUAAAAGCCAGUGUAAAAUAUGCCCAGCAGGAAUGUUCUGCACCCAAAAAGACCAGCCAGAAGCUCUCCAAGAGAACUUCUCACAUGGGGUGGUCAAACCAAUGGACUGUCCAGCAGGACAUUACUGUCUCUCAGGAACAAAAGCUGCUAAUCAGUACCCAUGCCCAGAGGGGACCUUCAGUAACCAGACUGGGCUGAGAAGUCCCAGGGAAUGCAGACCUUGUCCUGGAGGCACGUUUUGUGCCAGUGCAGGACUCCUGACGCCAAGUGGUCCUUGUUUGCCUGGGUAUUACUGCACUUUGAAGGCACGUAUACCCAAUCCUGUUAAUGAUGAGACUGGUGACCUCUGCCCAGCAGGCCACUUCUGCCCACCAGGUAGCAGCAAGCCAAAGCUGUGUCCCGCUGGCACGUUUUUACCUCAGUCUGGGAUGGUUUUUCAUAAUGCCUGUCUGCCCUGCCCUGGAGGGAAGUUCUGCCAAGGAGAGGGUCUGGCCAGUGUUUCUGGAAUAUGUUACGCUGGGUAUUUCUGUGAUGUUGGAUCCACUAAGCCAAAUCAUAAGCGCUGCCCCCCUGGCUCCUACUGCCCUGAAGGCUCUGAAUCCCCAGUCCCGUGCAGCCCAGGAAGCUUCAACUCUGACAGUGGAAAAUGGCAGUCAACGGACUGUCAGCUCUGCCCAGCUGGAUACUUCUGCAGUGGUUUUGGAGCACAUACUCCUGAGCUGUGCCCUCGUGGGUACUUCUGUCUGCCAGGUACCAACUUCAGUACAGAGCAUCCGUGUCCAAAAGGUACCUUUGGCCCCAGGGCUGGUGCCACUAGUGAGUCGGACUGUGAGCCCUGCCCAGCAGGCAUGUAUUGCUCAGCAGCAGGUCUAUCACAGCCUUCUGGGUUUUGCCACUCAGGUUAUCAUUGCACCAAGGGAGCCGUCAGCCCAGCCCCCUUCGAACACAGGGUGGAAUCUGCUGUCCUUGGUCUGCCUGGGAAUGACAUCUGUCCUGUGGGGCAUUUCUGCCCCACUGGUACAGGGUAUCCCAUCCCCUGUCCUCCUGGAUCCUUCUCUACUUCCCUGGGCCUGGAGGCAGAGGAACAGUGCCAGCCCUGUCCAGCUGGGCGGUAUUGCAGUGAGGCAGGACUGUCCGAUCUGGCGCAGACAUCGCUGUGUAACGCAGGAUUUGUUUGUCUGGAAGGAAACUCUGCUCCCUGCCCUUCUGACAGAAUUCAUGGAUACAGAUGUCCCAGUGGCUUCUACUGUCCUGCUGGCACUGGGCUAGAACUGCCCUGUGAGCCUGGCACGUUCAGCCCUAUGCCUGGGGCGAGUGUCUGCCUCCCUUGCCCAGCUGGUAUGACCUGCAGCAAUGCUGCCACUGUGAAGCCACUCCGUUGCCCCAGAGGUUACUAUUGCCCUGUUCGGACCGCUGCCCCACUGCCGUGCCCCGAGGGCACGCUGAACACUUUGGAGGGGGCGUUGUCCCCCACUGCCUGCAAGCUGUGCCCGGUGGGGAGAUACUGCAGGGGUGAUGCUAACUGGGAAGCUGACGGUCUGUGCUCAGCUGGGUACUACUGUGAAGGAGGAUCCACUGAUGCCGUUCCACAUAGGACACCUGGGUUCCCGCUCAAUGGGCCCUGUCCGCUUGGGCACUAUUGUCCGGAGGGCACUCGUGGCCCAGUAGCCUGCCCAGUAGGCACCCUGAACAAUGCCACAGGUGGUGCCUCCCCAGAGAGCUGUGUGCCAUGCUAUCCUGGAUCUUUCUGUGCCGGCACUGGUUUGAGUUCUCCAACGGGGCCUUGUAUUGAAGGGUUCUACUGCCCAGCAAACUUCAGCUCCUUCAGCCCCACCGCAUUUCUCUGCCCUAAGGGUCACUUCUGCCGUUCGGGAGCUGCCCACCCAGUGCCCUGCCCUGCUGGAGAAUACCAGCCAACCAGGGGCUCCGCGUCCUGCAUUCCAUGCCAGAGAGGAUUCUACUGCCAGGAGGCAGUGGCAGGAGACCCCAAGCGCUGCCCCCCUCACACUUACUGUCCUACAGGCACCCGGGUUCCUCACCCAUGUCCAGAAGGCACCUUCACUCUUUCAAAUACGACUGGUCUCUGGAAUGAGAAGGAGUGCUUGGCUUGCCUACCUGGUCACUACUGCAGGCAUGGACGGCUGGAGGGAAAGUGUGCUGCUGGGUACUUCUGCCUUGCUGGGAGCUCUCAGUCUACUCCACAGGGCCACAGUUUUUCCUGGCGCUUCCUGUCUGAGUGCCGCUGGGGGCAGGCGUGUGCAGGGCUGUGCCCUGCAGGUUUCUACUGCCAGGAGGGCUCUGAGGUGCCUAUACCAUGUCCUGCCAAUACCAUUAGAAACAUCCCAGGGGCAAAGCAGAGAGAAGACUGCCUGCCCUGUCCACCAGGCCGCUGGUGCAAAGCAGGGGAUUCAGAGGCCUAUCCAUGUCCCUCAGGACACUAUUGCUUUGGAGGCAAUGGUACUGACCACAGCAGUCUUCUGGCACCUCAGAAAUGCCCUCCACAUACUUAUCGCGAGUACCCAGGAGCUCAGAGCCUGGCAGAUUGCCAGCCGUGCCCUCCAGGCUAUCAUUGCCCUUUAUCAGGUCUGACCAAUUUUGAAGAUCAUCCCUGCCCCCUGGGAUACUGGUGCCCUGGUAAAGGGGAUGCUUUCCUUUGUCCACCUGGCACUUCCAGGAUCCAGACUGGGGCAACGUCUUUGGAAGAGUGUGAUCCCUGCUCGCCCGGAUAUUUUUGCCCAGAUCCGGCACAGACAGGGCUGCCGAACACCCGAGAAGUGCCUUGUAAACCCGGCUAUGAAUGCCCACCAGGUUCAGUAAAUCCAAUCCCGUGCAGGCCUGGCUCAUACUGUGGUGUUGGCACAGCCAUGCCUUCCACGUGCCCUGGUGGAUAUUAUUGUCCCGAAGGAUCAUCAACGUACAAUAGCCCUGAGCAGCUGUGUGUGUUUCCCUACUACUGUCCCCCAGGCAGUGCCCAUCCAUUGGUCUGUGAAGGAGGAUACAUGGCACUCAGUUUGCCUGGUCCAAGGGAUUCCUUUGAGAAAUUCUGCAGGAUCUGUGACGCAGGCACCUAUCGCAACGACUCUCUCGUCGCAGCACCGUGUCAGCCCUGCCCAGCAGGCUUCGUCUGCCCACAGGGCAGUGAGAGUUACCAGCAGCAGCCUUGCCCCAGAGGCUAUUACUGCCCUCCCCUGGUGCCUGCCCCUCUGCCCUGUCCCCCUGGGACCCAUGGGAGCAGCAACUUUGCGAAGCGUGUAGAGGAGUGCCAGGCCUGUCCUGCUGGUUCCUUCAAUCACCUUCCGGCUCAGCCUGCAUGUUUCCCCUGUGGCAGCUCUUCCUCCUCUCUGCCUGGUGCUGCCAGCUGUACCUGCCGUGGGCUGAAUCGGGCUUUCCAGCAGUCAGACGCCUCUUGUAUCUGCCAAGCAGGUUAUGUUUACUAUGAUGAGAGAGGCAAGAAAAACCCUGACAGCAACAGUGAUCAGGACUGCCGACUUCAGGUGGAUGACCUCUGUGCUCCUGGAGAGGUCCGCCUAGCAUCCACGCGUCAGUGUGUUUUUCCCGAGCUAUAUGACUGCUCUGCUUCUUGUGGACCUGCAGGUGGAGAGAUUAAUGCAGAGCUGGGCAUAUGUCACUGCAAGCAGUACGUCUCUGCUGAGGAGCUCUGUGACCAAGCAUGUUUGCUGAGAGCCCCGCAGAUCUCCUUGAGAUUUGGCAUCAAUAGAGAGCUGCUUCUGAGGGUGGAUGAAAGAGAGGAGAGGGAAUUGACAAAUGUUCUGGGCCCAGAUGAACAUGUCCAGAAGAGCCAGCGGGUGCAUUUGGUGCUGUUUAGUCCCAGUGGAGUGCUGGGUUUCAUUGUUUCCAGCACAGAUGUUCUGGAUGCAUUUCUCACAGGAGAUUUUUCAUCAGACACAUUCCCGCAGAAAGGUCGUCGAGGCUGGAAGGCUUCCUCCAAAGAUAUUCAUGCCUUGCCCCUUGUCCCCAACCCAAUAGUGUGUUUGGAAACAGGAGACACCAUCCUUUUCCAGCUUAGCAUCAAUCUGCACGAUCGUGCAGCCAGCCAUUAUCCUGUUUAUCAGAAGCUGCAUCUUUAUAACAGCAACCCAGGCUGGGAUUUUGGGCCCUUCCGAAGGCUAGACCACCUCAUCCAAGAGACUCGCCUCAACAUCUCCUGGUUUGCCCAUGUUUUCCUGGAUUCUGGGACAUAUGUUUUCCGGGACAGAACCAUUCAGGAACACUUCCUGAUUGUGACUGUGAAUGAGGCAAAUGUGGGCUGUGACCCCAGAGGUGUGUCCUUCCAGCCGUCUUCUCCCUUCCAGCUGGCCAGGCAUGGGGUUCUGAAGCAUCAGGAACUGAACUUAGCUCCUAACUGGGCUGCUAUCACAGCGGUACUCUUUGUUCUGGGCUUCCUAAUUGUGGUGUUGACAACCCUGGCUAUUGUGCUCCAGCCCCCCAUCCCCACCCUUAGCCCCCUGAAGAGCUGGAAGCCACGAUGGAGGAGCCUGGGUGAGCCACACAUCCCACCAGAGUACAUCUUCCUUAAAGACAGCCUUCAGUUCUAUCAGGUGCUUGGUCCACAUGGUUCUGGAGAAGAGGCUGACUUUGGAGAGAAAGGAGCUGCACAGAAUACAGAAGAGCAUUUUACACUGCGAGAUCUGGAGGAUUUCAGUAUUCGCACCGUGUAUGAUAAGCUAGAAGACCAGAGUUUGCACCUCGCAUCUCAGCUGGCAAAGCACAGGAUGGAUGUAUUGGUGUUCUACAAAGGAAUCAGCCAGCAGAUUCAAGGUCUCACGGACAUGGUGCAAGGACUGGACUCUGAAAGCCUCAAUAACUUCACCAGGCAAAGAGUUUGUGGACACAAAGCUUCAGGCAGCCUGGGCAUUGAAAAAUGUGAUGAGGACUCUAGCAACAGCUUUGAAGCAAUAAUGCACACAGGUGCUCAGUGGCAAGAGGCAACAGACUUAAUGAAAGCAUUGAGAAUCCUGCUUGGGAGAGCUCAGCAUAAGAAUGCAGCUGUGAAACAAGAGAUGGAGCAGCAGGUCCCAGGACAGGAUGUGGUGGCGGAGUCCAGCCAAACCAGUGAAGGUAAAGCAGAAGUGGUGGAUGGGCAGGAUCCUGACCUGCCUAAACAGUGUGAGGCCUUCAGUAGGAAAGGUGCUUCUUUCAGCUUCCUUGGGCACGAAGAGCUUGGCUUGCAUCCCCAGCUGGCCUGUCUGACUGAGUUGGAGGUGGAGGGCCUGAUAGCAGCUUCUCCGCUUGCCAAGAGUCUGCGUGAGAUCAAGCAGGGUUUGGUGAUGCUGCAGCAGCUUUCAGACCUCAGUGCUGCAGAGAGACGUUUAAGUGACAGUUCCUCAGAAAAUACCAGAAGUAUGCUGGUCCCCGCAGAUCUGGCCAGUUUGUCCCCUUACCAGUUUAUGGUGUAUCGCUUUGGCUGUGCAGUGGUUCACCUGUUAAUCAGGGCCUAUUCAUGCCCAGCUCUGGUUCUUAUGCUGGCUCAGUCAGUUCCUGCCCAGAGUCCAGAUCAAGAUGUUCUCUCAAUCCUUGGAGACUCGCACUAUGACGCCAUCAAUAAGUACCUGUAUAUACGUGCAGCAAGGCUGGAGGAUGCUGGGGAAUUUAUUGCCAUCUUGCUGAAUGCUGUGGCACAGAUCAAAGCAGGUUCUGCCUCAACUGGUAUUGUUCAUUCCUGCUUUCUGACGGAGCUCAACAGAGCUAUUGCGGUUCUGGCCAGUGCCUCUUUCCAGCAUUUGUGGGGGAUAGCAGAGAAGGAUGCAUCAGGAGGCAGCUUAUCCACUCGUUUUGACCCCCAGACAAUGCUCAAAGAACUUGUGAGCAUCAGAGUAUUGCCUUAUCGCUGUGUCAAGGAGAAAGCCCUGGAUGAGAGACUGCAGCAGUACCAGUGCCUUCAGCUGCCUGUGACAGAAAAAUCACAGAAAAGAGAAGAAAACCGAAGUACAGGCUCCUCUGAUUUUAAGCUGAAGUUUGCAAAAUUGGAGGAGACGUUGGAUAAGUUAAACGAGGAGUUUUUUGAACUGACGAUACAGGCCUUGAGAAGCCAGGAAGAAGGGGAAUUGUUGGAGCAGGAGCUCAGAAUGCCGGAGGAGUCAACCGUGACAGCAAGCAUCAACCAUGUGUGCGGAGCUCAGUGCUUUCCAGAGCUGCUGGAUUCUUGGGCCACAAAGAGGGAUGAAGCCCUGUUGCUGGAAAUACAGAGGAGCUGCAUUGCUCAGAGGAUUGAAGAGACAGAAGCAGAACUGUUUUAUCUUCUGCAAAAUAAAAUAGCCACUAGAUCACUUCCUUGAGGAACCUAGCUUAUUCUUGGCACUGACUAAAAAUUGAAGGAUUACAGGAGAGUAUGUGCGUCCACAGACAAAGUUGCAUUAUCUAAAGUAUCAGAAUAGAUAUGUAUGUAGUUAGAGACAUACUUGGUCAAAUAUAUAAAGAUGAAUCCAUAAUCUGUUUGCUCAACCUGGAUGAAAUACAUUCAUACUUGCCGGGAGUCAUCAAUAUUUUAUAGGCUUGAGAGAGAAGCUAAUGUUCAUAACAUUGCUUACUAAUUUUAUGUUUAUCACUGCUAAGUUAGUAAAGCAGAAAAUAUGUGAAGCCGAGGGUGGUAUAAGAGGCCCUACUUAUCAGUUUAGUGUAUUCUGUAUAUGCUUUAUGACUUCUGAUGUCAAGGAUAUUUGAGGGGGCAGAUACAGUUUAGAGCCGCAUGUCGAAGCCUUGUCCAGCAUCUCCACAUUGCCUGUGCAUUUUUUCGAUAUACUCGCGUUGAUCUCAGUAGGGUCUCCUGCUAGCAGACCUUCAAGUUCUGUGGGGGUGUGCACAGAGAACACUUCAGCCAUUCCCUGUAGUGAUGAUUGCACAUCAGUGUAGCUGCCAGUGUCCAGUGCUCUGGCGGAAACCGGAUCUUUAAAUUGAAGAUACAGUCUUCUUACCAUUCCUGUUCUUUUCUUGUGUCUGUAUGAUGCUAGGAGAGUCUGGCCGUGAAGUGAGCUUAGCUUCUGUUGAACAGAAGUGGCAUCAGAACACUUGCGCCGUCUCUUUCUGUGCAGUAUUCCUUAGCUGCAGAUAAGUACGGCAGUGUAAAAUUUAUUGACUGUGAGCCAGCACGAUACCUUGGCACGCUGCGCAGGUAGGCUUCUGCCAGUUGUUUCCAACAGCAAAAUCUGUGCUCUUUUCCUUGUAAUAUUUACUCAGUGCUUAUGCAUGAAGAGGUUUGUGAAACCACGCCUUCUUGGUUCCUAAAAACAAAUCUGUGUUUACUCCUGCCUUUGCAUAACCACGGGCAAUAUUAUCAGGGAGAGACUUCCGUGCCUGGGAGCCAAGACAGAAUCUCUCAGUUUGGCUUCCACUAACUGUUGUCUCUGGUGGAUCCAUAGGAAUUGCAAGGUCUGUUGCCGUCAUUUACCCAGUUUGCUGAUUCCACCUUUUCUGAGUUUGCUCCCAGAAAGCAAAACUUUUUUUUCUGGUUCCCUUGCAGUUCCACCUUGGGAGAAUUUAAUUACUUAGUGGCACUUUAAAGGAACUUUCAGAAAAUCAGGAGGAUUUUAGGAAGCAAAACAUAGCUACAGGCAAACACUACAAAGCACUUAUAGGUCAGCCUCUGUGACUGCCUUUUCUAGAACACAGUAAUGAAAAAGCUAUCACUGCUUUCCUCCUUGCUUUCUUUUUUAGGGUUAUCAGCAGAUAUGUUUAUAACAGUACUACAUGGAGGUAAGCGAUCUGUCAGUCUUGAUUGAUUGCUGUCUCUGUAAUAUCCGCAGGGAACACUGGUACCCAGACAGGUGGUAAAGUUAACUGAGUGCUGUGUGGUGUGGUUUCAGGUUAUAUUUGUAAAAGGCAGAGCGGAAAGCAAGAAUAAAUAAAAUUUGUCAAAAUUGUUCUUUGUAACAGUUUCCCAGUGAAAAGAAUUGUUCACUUUAGAUCAAAACAAAGGUAAGCAUGUAAAAUAUUAUUCCAAGUUCUCUCUUUUUUUUCCCCCAGCUUUAGAUUUCUUAGCAAAUACACUUCAGUUAUAA